AUGCAUACAUCAUUUCGCAUUAACGCAUCUACAGGCGCUACAAUGAGCACGACGUCCACGAAUAUUAGUGCUCCGGGGUUACGACCACCCUCCAUUACUGUCGAGCGGAUGACGACAGUCGCGGCAACACAAAUGAGUUGUAGUAAUCCUGAAGAGAACAUUAAAAAGGCUGAAUCACUUUUCUCGUACUUUUCUAUCGAACUCAGUGCAAGUAAUUUUCAAUUGGCAACAACAUUAGAAGAAUCAGCUUUGGUACAAGGUAUGGCAUUGCUAGCGAAGGAGCUUCACGUGGUCAUUCCCAUUAGUUUCUUUGAGCGGUACCGAAAUUCAUACUACAAUUCGUGCGCAAUAAUUGACGCGGAUGGUACAGUGCUCGGUGUCGUACGAAAAAUGCAUAUUGGAGACCGACUUGGCUAUAACGAAAAGUACUACUUUACACCAUCAGACGAUGAAUUUAAAGUCUGGAAUACGCGUUACGGCAAGAUUGGUGUAGCUAUCGGCUCUGAUCAAUGGUAUCCUGAAGUAGCACGAAGUUUAGUAAUACAUGGCGCAGAGCUUCUAUUGUACCCAUGCGCAAUGGGUAGUAAUCGGUAUGAUCCCAACUUUGACGCUCGGGACCAAUGGCAGCGUGUGAUGCAGGGUCAUGCCGCAGCGAGUAUGGUACCCGUUAUCUGUUCGAAUCGCGUGGGUACAGAGAUCAUAGACGGCAUUCAAGUUACUUUUGUUGGCUCAUCUUUUAUCGCAGGCCAGACGGGUGAAUUGCUAAAAAUUGCGGACCGUGAAUCAGAAGGUGUUCUUGUAGAGAGUUUUGAUCUCGAGAAGUUCCAUAUACGACGAGCUAGCUGGGGAUUAGUGCGUGAUCGUCGGCCUCAUCUGUAUGGAGCCAUAUUGACGCGGGAUGGGAAGUCAGUUGCGUAUAUUUCUAGUGUCAUGAGUACACGAGUUCAGCAUGGGUUAAAGCUUCAUACUGACCGCCGAGACGAUAAAUUGUCUGCAAGCCGUUUACGUGAACGAUUGGCAGCACGAAAUGGUCCAAGACACUCCGUGUACUGGGUACAUCGAAAAGAAGGCGAGGUUACGCCGUCAAGUUACACGAAUGUAAUGGAAGCCACCAAUAUGGCUGCUUCUAUUGAUAAGGUUGAGUAUACAAUGUUAGGCAAAUACACAGGUGACUGGAAAGAUGGUCAAAAACAUGGUUACGGUGCAUUAGUGUACGCGAAUGGGAACAAGUAUGAAGGUGAGUGGGUUAUGAACAGACGGGAGGGACAUGGGAUAUAUUGGAUCAACGAGAAGAAAAGAUUACGCAAACAAUACUCUGGUGAAUGGAGUCAUGACCAACGAAAUGGUCGAGAUCAAUCAGUUUACGAUGGGGAGUGGAAGAAUAAUGAGCGAUCUGGACGAGGAACACACUAUUUGGCAAAUGGGGAUCGCUAUGAAGGUCAGUGGCUAAAUGACAUGAAAGAAGGUCCUGGAAGGUAUUUCUAUAAGGCGACUCGAAAAGUUUACGAAGGUGAGUGGAUUAAUGGUGCUCCGAAGUGUGGCAUAUAUUAUGACGACACAAAGUGCGACGAUGAGACGGAAAAUUAUAACACGUUUCAACUUCCAAACUUAGAGCUUGUAUGUCCAGAUCAAGUGUUAAAUAAUAGUAUAACGUCAAUCCGACAAAAUUAUGGAUGCGAGCUAAGUGACAAUUUGACUGACGUGGUCAAUACACCUCAGAAUUUACUGUUCUCGGAAUUUGAUUCGGAUGGGGUAAAAUUUGAUGAUCAGAUGUUGCGUGUGAUACAGCAUGAGUUUGCUGUACUCCUAGCAGCCGAGAAUUCAAACUAUGAAGUCUCUAACGACUGUAUUUCGUGUGCUCAUCUCUCUAAACUUAUCAAGGCAUUGCAAUUUGACGUAAGUGACGAGGAACUUGAUGAAUUUCUGUUAGAAAUUGGCGCCACAGAGGACACCCUUGUGUCUUUAAAUGAAUGUGUAGACAUUUUGUCGCUUUUAAUGGAAAGUCAAGAAGUUGUCGAUGAUAUAAACAUUACCAAAAAGUAA